UACUGUUAUGUAAGUCGAGAAGACGUUCGUAACCCAACAAUAAGAAUACGGACUUUUGAGGGAGAGCUGUUAUAAAGCCAAAUCCUCGCUAUUACUACUACUAACUAGCACUAACGCAUGACAGCUCGUUACUACGACAACAACUACGUUAUUUUGCUGAACAUUCAAAUUACCAUAAGUCACCUCAUGUUUUGAAAAUGGCCCACCUGGAAGAAUUACUUCAGUUUUUGUCCCCAAGUGCACGUUUUGAUGUCAAGAGCGCAGCUUGCAUGACAGUAGCACAACUUACUGGAACAUCAGAGGGUCUUCAGCUUCUUUCUUUGCGUCCUGAUAUUUUGACUGCGGUUAUUGGCCUUAUAAGAGACCCUGAAAUAUACACAGCCAAAGAUGCUAUGAGAACUCUCAUUAAUUUGUCAGCUGAGGAUUCCGGUGCAUCUGCUCUUUUAGAAUUGAAAGAUGUUGAUAUUACAGCAGAAGUGAUUAAGUGCAUACAGGAUAAGGAGUAUCCUCAUGCAGACUACGCUUGUGGAGUUCUCGCAAAUCUUUCUAAACCCAAACAGUGUUGCCAGAAGGUGUUUGAGAGUCUUGACAGAGGGCCAGUCAAGUUGGAAGGCCUUGUUUACAUCUUGUGCCAGAUGAACUACAAUACCAAAGGGGCCAAGCUCCACCUGUUAGCUCCAUGCAUCACAAAUUUCUCUCAACUAGCAGAUGGGAGAAGGCAGAUGAUGGACAGAAAUUCGCUAAUGAUACAGAGGCUUAUUCCAUUCAUGGAGUACAAAGAAUCCAAAGGCAGGCGGUUCUCAAUCAUCGCAGCGAUACACAACUGCUGUUUUGAAAAAGAGAAUCACUCAUGGCUUAUGGGUGAGGAUAUUGAUAUUGUACCUAGACUAGUCUUACCUCUCGCUGGACCAGAUGUAUAUACCGUUGAGGAGAAUGAUUCCCUACCUGUGGACUUACAAUACCUUGGUGAUGACAAGGAGAGAGAACCUGACCCGGAAAUCCGCAAGUUGCUUCUGGAAGCUUUAAUGCAGAUGUGUAUUACUCGUAAUGGUAGAGAAAAGAUGAGAUCGCAAAAUAUCUACCUGAUUCUGAAAGAACACCAUACGUGGGAGACAGAUCGCCGAUGUAUUAUGCUAAAUGAAGACCUUGUGAACUUAAUCAUCAGGACAGAAGAAGAGAUUGGGGUGGAAGACUUGUCAACUGUUGAGGUGUCUUCAGAUCUGUCAAGAAAAUUUUUGGAAUCUGACAGAGAAUAUCUAGCAGGAGACUUGUCAGACAUCAAGGAAAUAACUGAAGAUGUAGCAAAGGAUUAGUACAUAAUUCAUUUCUUUCUGAAAGAAGAGAUUUUUAAAAGUUGAAAAGUUUCAAAUUUGAUGUCCUCGGUUGAAGAUGUUAACAUAAUGAAUUUUUAUCGAAGUGUAAA